CUGACAACCAGUCAGCAAGAUGAAAUGGAGCAUGCUGGGUACGGUUGUCUUCUUUCUGCUCUCCGUGGUCAUGACCUUCUGCUUCAUAUGGCAGUACAGGCUGCCAAAGCUGAAGACAGAACUGGUUGUAAACAAAGCGACAGCAGAGGAGAUGUGCCCUCACUUCCCUGAGCCCGUGCCCCUCAAACAUCCCAUCACGUCGCUGGAGGUAGCCUUAGAAAAGAUACAUCUCCUCCUGAAGUCCAGCGUUCACACCACCAAGCUGCCGGCGAUAUCAGCCAUCGUGAUAUUAAAUGACUCUGUUCUGUGGAAUGGAAAUUUUGGCAAGAAGAACGCAAGCGACCCCUCCUCACCUGCACCCGAUGAGUACACAGUGUACAGAAUCGCGAGCGUCUCUAAGAUCUUCCCCACACUGAUGCUUUACAAGCUGUGGGAGGAUGGCUUGGUGGACUCUCUAGAUGAUCCCCUGGAGAAGUACGCAGACAACUUCACCAUCAAGAACCCGCUGGGGACAGGUGGGGGGCCAGCACCCUCUCCAGUCAGGACCCUGGGCAGCCUCUCUCCUGCACUCACCCUGCGCAGGAUGGCCAGCCAGCUCUCUGGGUUACCCAGAAGAUUAAGGUCAACUAAUCUCCUUUGGAGUGGAGACACAGAGGCAGCCCUUGAUUUGUUACAGGAUGAUGUCCUCGUGGCAGAUCCAGGCACCAAAUGUCACUACAGCAAUGUUGCUUUUUCCCUAUUGGCCAACGCCUUGGCCCAGAAGGUGACUGGCUCAAACUUUGAGAGCUGGGUGUCAGAAAAUGUUCUGGAGCGGCUCAGCAUGGAGGACACUGGUUUCAACAUAACUCCAGUCAUUCAGAGGCAGAUGGCUGUGGGCGUGUACAGCAAUGGCCAGCCGGCUCCCCUUUACAACCUCGGCUGGUAUCGACCUGCAGGUCAGAUGUAUUCCACCGCAGCUGACAUGGCCAAGCUCAUGAUGGCUCUUCUGGGUGCUUAUGGUGGGACCCUGCUCCGCCAGGACACCCUAAAGACCAUGCUGACCCCCGUUUUCCGAUGCCACAGCAGCUACUUUGCCAACUUCACUGGCACACCGUGGGAGAUCAACGAGCAGUUUGGCUAUGAUGUGGUGAGGAAGGACGGGGACUUGGAUGGCUAUGCUGCCACCUUCUCCAUGGUGCCACGGCUCAAGCUGGGACUGGUGGUCCUGAUGGCCGGAGUUCGGCCUACAGACCAGGACCUUGUGAGCCAGGCCUACAGCUAUCUAAUCCCUGCACUGGAGAGCGCUUUUAGGAAUGCUCAACGAACUCUCACACCGCCACCCGACCCAGCUCCAUAUGUGGGCUUUUUCACUUACAGGAAUAUGACUUUCUAUGAGAUAAAGGUGGACUCAGACGGGGUACUGGUCAUGCAGCAGUUUGGACCACAGGUGGACACAACUGUGCCGUCCAAGUACCGAACUAUUCGGCUGGAUUACCUGCAGGACAGGGUGUUCAGGGUGGUGUUUGAGAGCCCGUACCCUUGCAAGCUGAAGGUUAACAGUGCCUCGGUCUCCCUGGAGGCACAGGACAGACAACUCUUCAACUUUUACGUCUUCAGCAAGAAAGGUGUGUCACCAGGGUUUGAUUCCCCAGGACUCAACACUUACAGGGUGACAAGGAUACCUGGCAGACCAUUCUUUACUUCAUAAAGACAGGAAUUCAACUUAGAACAAGGUCACUCUAAGAGGGUACAGUCGAGGACGAACCCAGUGGGAACUUGAAUAUAAUAAAAUACAUGGCAUGGCAGUUUUGGACUGUUGGGUUAGUGAACAUGUGUGGUCAGUGUCAUGAAAUUCUCUCUUGCAAAUUUGAUUAAUCUGCACUUGUAUUUUAAUAUUAUUAUAUAUACCUCUGCUCACCUCUGCUCAUAAUAUAUAUUAUAUAAUUUAGUCUUGUCCAAAUGUCCAAAGGAAUCUUUGAAAGUUAUUCUUCUGCAAAGUAACUAGCAUAAGCAAAGCAAAACUGAUGUAUUAUGUUUACUGUAAGUAAACAAGUAAGUAAGUUUGCUAUGAUGUGUUUGGUUAAUGGACAAUGUGGCAGUAUUCCUAUUUAACCUCUAAGUGCCUUGAAUGUGACUUAAGAGGGGAAAAACAACUGAUUGAAGUUGAAGUGGUCAAGCUUUUGAAGAUCCAGAUCCACCAGUAAAUCAGGUAAACCUGUUGAG